AUGGCGUCUACUACACAGGUCACUACAGCCGAGGAACAUAGCUCGGGUCGUCGAGCUCGUGAAGUGUACCGAUACUUUCGUCCAGAACGUCUCUCUUCUAUCAACGAGAACACAACACCGGAAACUGAUAGUUCAAGUUGUGACCAGAAUUAUUUUGGUCCCGUUGAUUUGCCUCAGGCCGAUAAUAGCCGAGGUCGUUCACCAUGCAUUUCACCACAGCCACCAGAAUGUUUAUCAGCUUCACCAGAGCCUGCUGUCGCUUUAAUGCGUCCGUUGCCCGACUCAUUAAUUCUCGGUGAUGCGAACGCCACGCUUAACUCCUUCGCUCAGUUAGCUGCCCUACGUCUGGAUGUAGAUCGUGUGUUCAUCAGUGUAUCCGAUCGCGACUCUCAAUUCAUCAUUGCGCAGGCAGGCCAAACUACACAUGGCACAAAUAAAUAUGACCUACUCAGUGAAGGCUUGUAUGCAGGAUGUUCUACUCUCAACGUUGGAUCAUGGAAUAUGUGUCAGGAUACUGUUGCACUACCCCCAUCUAAUCGAGAACGGGGUGACUAUAGCUUCAUAAUCUCGAAUGAUAUGUCUGAAGAUGAACGAUAUCGCCACCUUCCUCUUGUUACGGAAGAUCCGAGCUUUCGAUUUUACGCUGGAACGCCUCUCACCACAGACAGCAGCAUCAAUGUUGGCAGCUUUUUCGUUCUUGACACCAAGCCACAUGCUGAGUUUUCAUUCAAAGAACGCGAAUCCAUGGGUCACAUGGCAGUUUUAAUCAUGGACUUCUUGAAGGUGAGCCGUCAAGCCUCCGAAGGUCGACGCGCUGCUCGUUUGUCACGGGGUAUAAGCCAUUUUGUCGAAGGCCGCUCAAGCUUUUCCAGCAAGCCCCAUGAAGCAUUGAGUCGACAGACAAGCAAUGCGAGCAUUCCUUCGGGAGGAAGGAAAUCCCACCAAAAAAGACGCAGCAUAUCUUCAAAGGGUUCGCCCUCUAGCAGUAGCCGUGGAAGUUCAGUGGCGUCAGGGUCCAGUGAUUAUGACUCGUCCAACACGUCUAGCUUGAAUUCGAACCCAUCUGAAAACCGCCCUGAUAUCGGGACUGAUGGCAUUGAUGUGAAAAUAGGCACUUCAUCCACUUUUCGACGUGCCGCGAAUCUCAUCCGAGAAAGUCUUGAACUCGGGGCAGAUAGUGGCGUGGCUUUCAUGGAGACGGGCAAUGAUCCUUUCCUCGAUAAAGCAAGUGAUAGUGAAUCUGGCUCGCUGGAACCAGGGAAAGCUGCUUCUCUCCUUGCCAUUUCCACGGCAGAAGGCACAUACGGGCCAGGUGAAGAUUUGGCCGUUCCAUAUCCGGUGAGAGGCAUGGAUGAAGGAUUUCUCCACCGGCUGCUCAAUAAAUAUCAACAAGGAAGAAUCUGGUCUCUCCAUCGCGACGGUCAGCUCUCCAGCUCUGACAGCGAGGACGGAUCGCAUACAGACUCGGGGCGUAGAGUCUCAAGAAGAGACUCAAUUCAAACCAGAGGUCGAAGGAAAUGGAAAUCGAAAGAGAAUCAUUUUCUGAAUCUGUACUUUCCGGGUGCGUCUCAGGUCAUGUUCGUCCCACUCUGGAAUGCAGCAAAUUCACAGUGGUUUGGUGGUUGUUUCUGUUGGAAUGACAACGAGACCGAUGUCUUUGACCCUUCGGUUGAGCUGAGCUCUUUGCUGAGUUUUGGAUCCUCGAUCAUGGUGGAGUGUAGCCGAGUGGAAUCUCUGAUCUCCGACCGUCAAAAAGCUGAUUUUCUUGGAAGUAUAUCCCAUGAACUUCGAAGUCCUCUUCAUGGAAUAUUAGCCGCAGCGGAAAUACUACAAGCUACCACCCUGGACCACUACCAGGACUCACUCAUGGAUACAAUCAAUGCCUGCGGUCGUACCCUACUCGAUACAAUGAAUCAAGUACUGGAUUACAGCAAGAUCCUAUCACUGGAGAAGCGAUUUCGACACUUGAAUCGACGAAGGGCUUCUGUCCCGGAUUUGAAAAAGAUGCAUCGGUCUGCAGCACACUUGGAUACAUACUCAUCAACGGACCUCUCCAUCCUAGCUGAGGAAGUCGUCGAUGGGGUUUGUCUAGGUCAUAAUCACAUUCAAAAUUCCUUCUCCUCCUCAGAUGUUUUGACAUCACUUGAAACGAGGCAAGGGAAAACAGACAAGGCUGAGCGUUCCAAAGUUGACGUGACUAUUGACAUCGCACCAAAUAAUUGGGUUUACCACUUCCCCCCCGGAGCUUUGCGUCGAAUCAUUAUGAACAUCUUCAGCAAUUCGAUGAAAUAUACAUCCGAAGGUCAAGUAUCGCUUCGAUUGGAUGUUGAUGGCUUGUCUUCACGACACACAACCCAAGAAGAUCUCAUUGUAUUGACAGUUUCCGACACGGGCCGCGGCAUGUCAGAGGAGUUUCUGCGUUCAAGGCUCUUCGUUCCAUUCGUACAAGAGGACUCACUGGCAACGGGCUCAGGUCUCGGUCUAUCCAUUGUUCGAAGCUUACUUAAAACUCUUGGUGGAUCUAUCAAUGUCCAAAGUCAACUCUGCAAAGGAACGACGGUAAAAGUCAUGAUUCCCUUGAUCCGCCCCGACCAUGAACUCGACACUCAGUUUACACCAACAUCUCCAACUGUUCGAGAAAUUCGUGACCGACCGACGACCCUGGAUUAUUCUCGUAUCCUACGUCAAGCUCACUCUGAUCAAACUGUGGCCAUCUUGAAUACGGAACUUGAAGAUGGCUCAACAAGCUCAUCGUGGUUGACAGUGUCUCAAUAUAUCACAGACUGGUUUGGUCUAAAUGUUUCUUCAUAUUCAUCAAAGACUCAACCGGAAGUCGAUCUCAUUCUACUUGACGGGUUUCCCACCCAGGAUAAUAUCUCCAAAUUAGCCAGCUUGAAUACGCCGACACUGGUUCUCAGCAACGAAUAUGUCGGUCAUGAUUCAACCCACGCGAUUCCCCCUUGCAUAGCUCAAAAUAUUGACAUCAUCAAUCGUCCCUGGGGUCCACACAAACUUGCUCGAUUUAUUAAGAAAUGUCUUGAUGAGAGAAAGACCUUUGAUAAAAUUGAAACAAUAACUCUACCUGAACGACCUGCGAAACCACAUCAAGCUGAGAAUCCUUCCUAUGAUAGUGACACAUCCAACAAACACAUUGGAGAAUCAGCAACACACCAGACCCCUGAACCCGACAUCCAAGAAAUUAGUCCAAGCUCCAAAGAAACUACCAAUCCACCGCCAAGGCUUCCUGGGAACGAGCUCAAGAUAGAAAUUCCCCCUGAAAUCCCCGGUGCCCGAGUUCUGGUAGUGGAGGAUAACAAAAUAAAUCUCAACCUGAUGCUCGCAUUCCUGAAGAAACGCGCUCUGACCGCAAUAGACUCUGCCGAAAAUGGCAAGCUAGCUGUGGAAGCCGUCCAGGGUGACAAACAGGGGUACGACAUUAUUUUCAUGGACAUAUCCAUGCCAGUAAUGAAUGGAUUUGAGGCUACACGCGCUAUUCGAGCAUUUGAGAAAGGUCGGGACGAUGAAGUUAAGGCUUCGACCAUUAUUGCAUUGACGGGUCUUAGCAGUACAGUCGAUGAGGAAGAGGCCCUUGGGUCUGGCAUGGAUCUCUUUCUCACGAAACCUGUUGCAUUUAAGGAAGUGAAGAAGAUACUUGAUCGUUGGAAUGAGGGACAAUUCAGUCCAAGUCCACAAUCUACUGAAGGCUCUUCUUGA